GUCUGUGUGUCUGUGUGUCUGUGUGUCUGUGCGUCUGUGUGUCUGUGUGCGAGUGCCCCCCGCCCCUUCCCAGCUCCAGAUAAUGCCAGCCGCGGCUGGGCUGACCGCCUCUUCCGACAACGGGCGUGAGUGAAAAGCGCACCUGCCGCGAGCCAUUGCCCUGCAAGCCUUCUGUCGAAGCUGCUCUACAGGCCCCGGCUUGGCGCUUCGAAAACCCAUUUGCCCAGGAGUCGUUCUGCCUUGGAAGAGUGCUUUUUCGCCGAUUUCAGCUCCAGCUCGCCAGUAUCUUGAAGACCCCCUCCCUCUCUUCCGCGCUUUUCAAAGCAGUUUCUUCGGGCGAGAUGGCCAUCCCGAAUUUCUUCGCCGUGCAGAACCUCUUCCAGGGCGCGCACGUCCACCCCCUCGUCGGGCCGCCGGCGCACUUCCUCCCGCGCAACGUGCGCAAGCUCCCGCGCGGCGAGCAGGCGCAGCGCCUGCAGUUCUGGGGGUCCGCCAUGCUCCUCGAGACGGCCGUGGUCUGCGCCCUCGGGACGCUUGCCAUGCUCCUGAAGGGGCGCGAGGCGGGACGCCGCGGCGCCUACAACCGAGUGGGCGCCGAGGAGGGCGGCGGUGAGGCCGCGGCGGGCGGCGAGGGCGGCGGCGCGGAGGUCGACGGCGGCAGCGCGGAGGUGGCUCCCCCGGGCAAGUACCAGAAGCGGAGAUGUGAUUGGGUUAGGGUUGGAAUGAGUUGCGACAUGUAUGAGCUCGAGAUCGCGCAGAAGUCCUCGGCGGCGCAGUACCUCCUCUGGCGCCUGCGGAGCCGGCCGGACGACCCGGCUACGGAGAGCUAUGAGAUGCACAGCUACGAGGAGCAGGCCAGCAGGGCGGGCCGCGUGCACCACCUGCUGUGGAGAGUGAAGAAUUCGCCGGCGCUCCGGAUGCAGGUCGCCACCGGGGCGACCUUCCUUCUCUAUCCGGGGCUGGCGGACUUCGCCCUGAGCACCAGCCUGGUGCUCUGGUGCUCGAAUGCGGGCCUCCUCUCGGAGAAGACGGGGCUGCCAUGGGAGGGCUACUUCACCAUGCUCUCGCUGGGCAACCUCUGGUGCCUGCUGCAGGCGCUUUGCCUCGAGCCCGGGAAGUUCGCCCCGUCCGCCUUCACCAUGGCGAUGGUGGCCGCGGUGGCACCCUUCCUCUCGGAUGCCUUUGACACUUUCAAGGACAUCCAAUUCGGAGGGCUCUGCCUUCAGGCGGAGCACCGCAUCGUGAGGCUGGUGGGGGUGGCAAGCAUCGCCUACCUAGCGGUGCUGAACUUCCGGAUCCUCCAAGACACGGUGGGCGCAGCAGAGCUCGCGGAGACCUACCUUGGCGUCACAUUUGCCUCGGUUGAGCACGAGGCGGCAGCUGCGGGCCUCCUCGCUUUCCCCGAGUACCCGGGAAAGGCCGUCCAGCUCCUGUACAAACAGACAACCAAGGAGAAGCAGCGCUCCCUCCUCUUCGAGAGCCUGCCCCAAGGCGCCGCCGCCGUCGUCUUCAUGAUCUUCGAGGGCGGAAGCCAGUUGGUCCUUGCCUCGGCUGUGCUCAUGCCGCUGCUGCAGCUGCUCUUCGCCUGGAGUGCGCGACGCUGCCUCAGCAAGAUGGUGCUGCCGUGGAUCGUGGAGGAGCUGUUCUUCGCCGCGAGCAAGGGGAACGCCAGCAAGGUGCAGCGCUUCUUGAAGCCCCUUAUGGAGGAGGGCGGAUGGCUCCUCGCCUUCGCGUUGAAGGACCAUGGCCUCCGAGACCCCACGGUGAGACGUGUGCAGGCGACCAGGGAAAGCCUUCCCCUGCUCCACGCCGCCAUGGAGCUCCUCGACGGCAACGCCGAAAACCUGUUCCUGCACAGAUUCAGCUGCGGGAGGUCACUUGGGGAGCACGGCUUCGUCUACUUCCUCGACGUUCUGAGGGGCCACGCAGGGCGCCUGGAGUUACUGAGGCUGGAUGACAACAGUCUGGGCGAUGACAACGCCAAGGCCUUGGCGGAGGCCUUGAAGGCCAACACCGCGUUGCAGAGGAUCAAACUGAGCAAAAACCAUAUCGGCGACGAGGGCGCCAAGGCCUUGGCGGAGGCCUUGAAGGCCAACACCGCGUUGCAGAGGAUCGAACUGAGCGAAAACCAUAUCGGCGCCGAGGGCGCCAAGGCCUUGGCGGAGGCCUUGAAGGCCAACACCGCGUUGCAGAGGAUCGAACUGAGCCUCAACGAUAUCGGCGACGAGGGCGCCAAGGCCUUGGCGGAGGCCUUGAAGGCCAACACCGCGUUGCAGAGGAUCGAACUGAGCGAAAACCAUAUCGGCGCCGAGGGCGCCAAGGCCUUGGCGGAGGCCUUGAAGGCCAACCCCACGUUGCAGAGGAUCGACCUGUGCUCCAACCAUAUCGGCGCCGAGGGCGCCAAGGCCUUGGCGGAGGCCUUGAAGGCCAACACCGCGUUGCAGAGGAUCGAACUGAGCCUCAACGAUAUCGGCGACGAGGGCGCCAAGGCCUUGGCGGAGGUCUUGAAGGCCAACACCGCGUUGAAAAAGAUCGACCUGUGCUCCAACCAUAUCGGCGCCGAGGGCGCCAAGGCCUUGGCGGAGGCCUCGAAGGCCAACACCGCGUUGAAAGAGAUCAACCUGCGACGCAACAGUAUCCCUUUCGAAGAUGUCAAGGCCUUCGAGCGAGAUGGCCUACGGUUGUAGGGGAAUUCAGCCAAAGAGGGCAAUUCAGCUUAUUUUAGCAGCCACGGGUUUGCCAGCCUUCGCCUGGCGUCUGAUACUGGCCACUCAGUGUCUCAGCAUGUCUCCGGGCGCUUGGGCGAGGAGACACCCCUGAAAUGGGGCUCGGGCGCGGCGUACCUGCUACACAAGCAUGUGGCGGACUCGCAGCACGAUGCUUGCCCAAGGGGACCUCCAAGAGGACCCCGAGAAGCAAACAUAUGGUCUCUCGUUCAGGCAAUCUUUUUUUGUUGGUCAGAUUCGUUCCUGAAGUGAACGAUGCCUACGACAACCCAAGAUCGUGUUCCUGCUAAGUGGGCUUCUGUUCUGCUAAGUGGGUUCCCGAUGUGCUUGAUCCUGUUGCCAGCUCCGCCUCCUGCUGC